ACACACACACACACAUUGUGUGGACCCUCUUUGUAUGCAGGUGAUUAAAGGCUCUUGAAAAGUGUUUGCUGACACAGCACCCUUUAAUAUAAUGACAUAAAUGUCUAAUCCAGCUCCUGUGUCUGAGGCUGAGUAUUUAUCAGUCUCUGUUGACAGCUGGACACCUGCUCUCUCCCACUCCAGAUCUGGGAUCUGUGCCGGACUGAAGAGUGGCUCUGCUGCCAACACAACCACCAUAUGUGGAGAAUUGUCAGAGCGUGCAACUGCAAACAGUGCACACACACCAAAUACUGCACAAAUACCAAUUUGAAUACAUGCUACAGGCUAACAUGUUAAUUUUCAGGCUUAGAAAUGAACAUAAUUUCAGUGCUGUGUCAUUAAAAGUCUGAAUUUGGAUUAAAGGUUCACAUGAUGGCGGUGCUUCUGUAACUACACAAAACAUAACUUGUAUCACAUGAGCAUGAUUAGUAAGUGUUUUUAUACUGUAUAUACUAGUACUUAGCCAAAAUGAAAGUCUAGUUUGUAAAAUAUGUUUUUUAAAGCGUCUCAAGUAAAAUACACAAAGAUAAAAAUAGAAAAAGCUGAAAAGGAAAUAGAAAAGAAAAGUUAACGCUGAUGUUAGCCUACAUAGAUAGGGGAAGGCUGAAUGGAGUCAAAAAUAAAUGUUACAAUCUUCUGUUGUGUUUUUUUUUCUUUUUUGCUGUAUUAUUUUUAAUUAUGUUACACUACGUUGACUGUAAAUUUAGGCUUUUUAAAGUUUUUAUAAUGUACGUUUUUAAAAAGAGUAGAAUCAAAUUUAGCGGACUAUUGUGUAGUCGCAGAAUCUCACCACUGGGCGGCAGUAAUGUGGAGAGUCAUUCACAGUAAUAAGGGCUAAGGAAUUAAUUAACAAAAAAUGUUACGGCAAAACUUGAAGAAAAUACGUCAUUUAUUAUAUAUAUAUAUAUUUUAGAGGCAUGUCGUGCAUCAAUUGUGCUUCUAAAUAACUUCUAAACGUUUUUUUAGGCCAAAGUCGAGCACAUAAAGCAUGUAAAUAGAACAGCAGAACAGAACAGCUGUGGGUGUUUUUUUAUUUAUUUUAUUACAAGGUGGCUUAUCUGAGGCUGUAACAUACAUAUUUAAAUAUUUGGUGGGAUUAUGGAACUCUUACUUCCCUCCACUUAUCUUUGCUCAUUUUAUGAAAUAUAUAAGGGACACAAAAUGUUUGAGAGAACUACAAACAGCUGAGCGUAAAUCAUUAAGUGUUAACCUCUCAGCAUUAUUGAUAGAAGGAAACCUUACUGUCAGAACGCUGGAGACUAAAAGAGGAGAAGGAGCACAGAGAGGAUGUGUUGAAAAGCCUGACUAUGACCUCUGCCCUGUAGGACACCCUCAUGUGCGCACACGCACACACGCACACACACACAUGUCCAAGACAGCUGGGUGGAGGCUCUCGGUGACAGAGCUCUCAUUUACAGGCACAUCACUGGUCUGGUCUCCGAGGCUGAUGUGAAAUAUGAUGAGGUUUACACUGGGCCACAGAACUGACGGAGACUGAUUUUAUUUAUUUUUCUAUUUUGAUCAAAACCAAGAGAAUAAAAAAUAUGUAGAUACUGAGUUUUCCAUGGAAAGUAAAUGACAAAACAAUGUUAAAAAUAGUCUAUUGACUCCCAUGAGACAAAUGAGAAUUUAAUAAUAGAAAUUAUAGUUAAAUAUGAUAAAUUGUACAAAGAUCUGUCACAGAAUAUAUGAAUGCUUCAGACCUUUGAGUUCAAACAUUUUCUCCUGACUCAAGCCUGAUUUAAAAUGCUUUCAGUAAAAAGUGACAGACAAAAAAAAAUGUCAAUGAGGAGAAAAAGAGUAAAAAUGUACAAAAUGACACAAAGACUUGAAAACAGGCAUCAAAUAAGAUUGAAGUUUGUAUUUUCUGUUACACUAAAAGAACUAUUGUUAUAUUGUUCUGAAAAACCCUGGAUUUGAUGUAGUAUUUGCAACAACAACAAAUUAUUGUAAACACAUAAUAAAUCUACAUUUUAUCUAAAUAUUAUACAUGUAGGUUUUGCAGUAUAAUUUAAUACCAUUUGUUCAUUUUGUUAGUAAUUUAAACAGUAAUGUUUUCUUUUUACUGUAGUUUAUUAAAUGAUCUUUUAAUUUAUACAUUUAUAUUUGUGUUUGUUCGGUCAUGUGACUGGUCAUGUGACUUCCGCCUGGUGUUUCUAAGUUAUCUUCUGGUCACUUUUUUCUUUAAUCAGGUUAUCCGUGGAUCUGCAUGUCCUCACACACUUCCUGAAACCUUUCCCAGGUCCACCUGCAGUAUGUGGUCCACACUCUGGGAAUUACUGAGAACGGGAGUGUUUCCACACACGGCAUUACACACAUUCAUGUUUUAGCUCAACAGCUUAAAGCUAAAGUGGCAGACUUUUAGCUAAGACUGUGUGUGGAGGUGUGGAGGCGGCUGUGGGGGAGAAGGGGGAGGAAGGGUUGGCAGCUAAAAGCCGUAUGUAAGGGCAGAAUAUGAGCUGCUCACACCACUGCUGGUCUGAUAGAAAUAGAUGAUGGGGUAACAGGACCUGUAAGAAAAAAGGAGCAGCAGGAGGAGCAGUGUCUCCUUCACUGUACAGGGGGGCAGGUUCUCUCUUGUCUGUGUCUGACAGUGUUACCGUGGAACCUCAGGGUUAGUGGUUUUCUGCUGCUGCUGUGUCUACAGCUUCCUUCAUCAUCCAGUCUUUUUUCCCCAGUCAUUUAUUCUGCCAUAAAAACUGGGAUUAUAUUCCGUUUAAGAGAGAAGAAUCAAUCCUGGGAUUUUGUUAAUACCUUGAUUUCAAACAGAUUUGAUGAGGAGGAGUCUGAGAACUUUUCUGUCUGUGUUUGUUCUAUUUUAGGGCCUUACAUGGUGGGCCUUACAUCCAACCACACUAGAAGAUGGGCCACAUUCUACAAACAUAAACAAACAUGAAAGUAGACCUCAUCUCUGAGUUUCUUUCACCUUGAUCUGUUCGGCUGACGCUGAACUUAAAGAUGAAGUUAGAGUUAUGUGGAGAUGGGGGGGGGGGGUGUAAGUAUGGAACUUCAGAGAAGGUUCAUGGAUAUAGUGAAGGAGGAUGGAUUGGGAGGUGAGAUGGACGCAGAUGAUCCACUGUGGUGGUUCUUGAAAGGAGAAACCAAAGGAAGUUCUGCAUGAAGCGAAGUCACAUUAAAUAUUAAAUAUGGUUUUCCUCUGUCUGUGCAAACACCUACCUUGGCUGGAUGUAUGAAUGGAUGAAUAGAAUCAGGGACGUGUUUGAAGCAGGUUAUGGUCCAAGUCCAUUAGUCCAGGGAUGAUGAAGAAAAGGAUCUCCUCCAUCAAACCUUUUUCACAGUAAAUAUAUUUUUCCCAUCUUCCCCGUGGCUCAGACUCUUACAAAUAAACCAAAUGUUCCUCCACAUCCCACUACUGGCCCGGCUCUUCACCUCCAUCCUCAUUCGUCUUUCUCCCUGUCUGUCUCUUCCUCUCUGUCCCGUCCCCCUCUUCCCCCUCUCUCAGCCCACACUCCAUCACUCAGGAAGUCUGUUCUUCCUGAAAACAAGCAGGAGAACAUGGAAAGAGAGGAGGGAAACGGGGGCAGGUGUGACAUUAUGGGGCAACAGAGGAUGUUGUUGUCGUUCUUUUGCCUCUCUGGUUGCUGCAGACCUCACUGUGAUCCAUCCUGAGGAAGCUGGGCUUACGUCACACUGACCGGGCCUGGAGUCCACGCGUGCAGCCUGGUACCGUACUACUAUUGUGUCCCCUGCUCACAUGGGAGCCACAAACCACAACUGUUGUCUGACCGAGGUCAGAAAUGACUGGAAACUUGAGGUAAAAUGAACCCAAACUAUGUUUACUUAACCCUAAAAAAUCCACCCCUGAAACCCAUGGGUGGAUUCAGGUUCAUCUUCAGAUACAUGGACAUCUAGGAACACAGAUCUGUGAACACUGACUGUGACACUGGCCAUAAUAACAGGAUGUUUACAGCCCCAGGAAAUACGGUCCGUGAGGGACCGCCGUGUUCAAACGUCAGCAAACAGGAAAUGAAGGCCUGUAGUUCCAGGUUCUUCCUCCAGUCAAACUCUGAAGGUGCUGAAGGACACCUCAAAGAUGGAGAAUCUUAAGCCUGGCUGGAAGGUAAAACCAUUUUUUUAGAACUAUAAGAUUUUAAUGAUAAAAUGACUAAAGGUUAGCCAGAGGCAGUUGUAAUUGUAGCCUCAGGUUAACUUCUAUCCAAAUCUUAUCCAAAGAACUGAAGAAGCCUCUUGGAUUAGAGGUGAAACGUCGUCUUUUAGAAAAUUCACGUCCAGUUGCCUAACAGAACUUUUAAACCUUGACCAUGACCUGGAUGACUGAGAAUCUUCAUAGACUUCUUAUCCAAAUAUAAUUUUAGAAGUAGGAAAUAAGCUCAAGAGUUUGUGAGUUGCUGCUAAAAUGAAACGUAAUUGGAUGUAUUAGACAUUAAAAGCUAAAAAGUGACUGUUUUGAUGAGCGUGGUUGAGGGGCUCUGAACGACUCCUGUUACAGAACAGUGAUGUGGACAAUGGCUGGAGUGGUCAGCUGCAGCUGACAGCCCACGCUGAAGGACACUGGUGGUUUCUGACACUGGGGGGUGAAGGCCAGUCGCCGUCCUCACAGGUCACACAUCGCACAGGGCUGUAGACGGGACCACGUACUGAACCACGUCCACCACCAUGUCCAUGACUGACGUUCUAGCUGAUUCAGACAUCACUUCGGCCAUUAACGCUUGUAGAGCCAAGGACUCCUUCAGCCCUCAGAUGUUCUUCAAAGCUGUUGGUUUGUCCAAGAAGAGUCCCUCGGAAAUCGAGAGGGUCUUCAAAAUUUUGGACCAGGACAAAAGUGGCUUCAUAGAACAGGAUGAGUUACAACUCUUCCUGCAGAACUUCUCCAAAGGAGCCAGGCCCCUGACCGCGGCCGAGACCAGAGCUUUCCUCCUGGAGGGAGACUCAGAUGGAGAUGGGAAAAUUGGCUGGGAAGAGUUCUCAGCACUGGUGAAGUCUGCCUGACGUCUGUGUGCUCUGAAGAAAAUCAGUCACUUGGAGAUGUUCUCCAGAAGAACACUUUCUGAUCUAUAUUUUAAAAACUAAAGUUAAAUCGACUGUGAGAUCCAGAGUAAAUGAUGUGGACCUAAUUAGAAGUCAUGUGUUUGUUCCAUUUGAACUCAGAUAUUGGUGUGUGACCCAAAUCCAAGCCUGUCUCUCUGCUCCGUGUCAAACCCACCCAGAAGAGUUUACAAAUAAAUCUG